CGACAGUCGAGGUCAUAUAGCUGAUUACUUGCUUCUCUGGCCAAGAAAAGUAAGUUGGUAAUGUCUCGUUCUCUGGUUAUAUUGAAAGAUAUCAAGAAUUGGAAUAUCUUCAGUGGGUUGUGUAUACGUCGGCCCGCAGUUAUUGCACCAGAAUUAAAACCACUUGAAAAACAAGUAGCCGACUUAAUUGAAAAGGUCGACUUUGAAAAAAGCCACUUGUCGGCACAUGAAUUAAGACAUGAAAUUGAAACCAAAAGAAUUGCUAAUGCCCUUUCAAAAGGAAUAAGUAAUAUUGCACAAGAAUCACUUAUAACUGCUCGUGAAGCGGAAAUAAUGUGGGAGUUGGAGGCUGAGCAGUAUAAGCCAGCAGAACGAUUGACAGAAAAUGAUAAAUCUGAAAAUUUAAAGUCCGCCUGGCGUGCGUUAGAUAAACCUCUGUACUUGUUAGUUCAAUCCCCGAAAAAUGUAUCUAGUGGAUGGAAUCUUCCAACUGCACCAGUAUCCGAUGGAAAAAAUUUAAGACAGGUCGCUGAUUCUAUAGCAACAAGUUUAUUACCACCAAGAGCUAAAUGGUGUAUAUUUGGCAAUACACCAGUUGCUGUUUGGUUGACUAGAGAUAGAAAUAAAGAAGAUACUGGUACACAAGUAUACUUUUUCAAUGUCUAUGUUGAUAGACAUUGGCAUGGUGAAGAUUUAAUUAUAAAUAAUGAUUUCAAUAUUAAUAAUUUUGCAUGGAUACCAAGAACUGAAUUUAAAAAAUUUAUUCAACCAAAAACACUUUUAAAAACUUUAAAAUCAUUCGCUAUUGACUAUUGA